AUGCCAAAAUCCAACACAAACACUCAAUACCAGCCAGACGAUGCGUAUGUGACAGAAAACGAACCUGUUUCCAUACGUGACAAAGUUGGUGAUCUAGGUCGAUUCAUAGACUGCUGCAGAUAUGCAAUCCUAACAACACAUCAUGCCUCUAGUGGUGCCUUAGUUUCAAGGUGCAUGGCCGUGGCUGGAAAGGAAAAUGGAGGUCUGGACAUUUUGUUUUUCACAAAUACAGAGUCUGCUAAGGUAGAUGACAUCAAAAUAGAUUCGAGUGUUAACAUUUCAUUUCUCGACGAGUCUGGACAAUGGGCUUCUCUCUCCGGAACUUCCAAAGUUAUUACCGAUAGAAGUGUGAUGAAAGAUUAUUAUGAAUCUACCAUGAAGAAUUGGCCCACGGUGCGAUCUUGGCUUGAUAUCUUUGUUGCCAAUGGCUCUGACGAUCCUCGUCUUGGUAUCAUCAGAGUUGAGUCUAAAACAAUUACCUAUUCAAUCAAAAGCCAUAAUUCAUUAAAUAAUGCUAUGGAGACAGCGCAGGGUUUGGUCACGAGGAAGAUACCGCGGACAAAUAAACUAUGCCAGAUUAGCGAGAAAGAAAUCUUAACCUGGAAGGACUCAGCGAAGAUGGUUGAGAUGAAACCCUAG